CAGUCCCGGCCUGCCCCGCGCGCCCAGUCGGGGCGGAGCGGCGGAACUCCGCCCGGAGCCGGGAAGCAGCUCCCCUUCCCGCCGGCUCGGCGCGGGAUCCCGGAGGCGCCAUGGAUCCCCGGGUGGUUGCGGAUGCCGUGGAAGCGGGCGAGGAGGACGUGAUCAUGGAGGCUCUGCGCACGUACAACCGGGAGAACUCCCAGAGCUUCACGUUUGACGACGCCCAGCAGGAGGACCGGAAGAGGCUGGCGGAGCUGCUGGUCUCGGUCCUGGAGCAGGGCUUGCCACCCCCCCGCCGCGUCACCUGGCUGCAGAGCAUCCGCAUCCUGUCCAGGGACCGAAGCUGCCUGGACCCUUUCACCAGCCGCCAGAGCCUGCAGGCCCUUGCCUGCUAUGCCGGCAUCGCCUUGGAGGGGUCUGGCCCGGAGCCUCUGGACAUGGACGUUGUCCUCGAGUCCCUGAAGUGCCUGUGCAACCUCGUGCUGAGCAGCCCGGUGGCACAGGUGCUGGCAGCAGAGGCCCGCCUGGUGGUGAGGCUCGCAGAGCGCGUGGGGCUGUAUCGCAAGAGUAGCUUUCCACACGACAUCCAGUUCUUUGAUCUGCGCCUCCUCUUCUUGCUCACGGCACUUCGCACUGACGUUAGGCAGCAGCUGUUUCAGGAAUUGCGGGGAGUGCACCUGCUGACUGAUGCGCUGGAGCUGACCCUGGGAAUGAGCCCUGACGAGAACCCCCCGGAGCUUCUUCCUCCCCAGGAGACCGAGCGGGCCAUGGAGAUCCUCAAAGUGCUCUUCAAUAUCACCUUCGACUCCAUCAAGAGGGAGGUAGACGAGGAAGAUGCGGCCCUUUAUCGGCACCUGGGGACCAUUCUGCGGCACUGUGUGAUGGUCGCUGCUGCUGGAGACCGCACAGAGGAGUUCCACGGCCACACAGUGAAUCUCCUGGGGAACUUGCCCCUCAAGUGUCUGGACGUCCUCCUUACCCUGGAGCCACACAAAGGCUCCCUGGAGUUCCUGGGAGCGAACAUGGAUGUGAUUCACGUCCUUCUCAGCUUCCUGGAGAAGCGUCUGCACCAGACGCACCGGCUGAAAGAGAGUGUGGCCCCCGUGCUGAGCGUGCUGACGGAGUGUGCUCGCAUGCACCGCCCGGCCAGGAAGUUCCUGAAGGCCCAGGUGCUGCCCCCACUGCGGGACGUGAGGACUCGGCCUGAGGUCGGGGAGCUGUUGCGGAACAAGCUUGUUCGCCUCAUGACGCACCUGGACACUGACGUGAAGCGAGUGGCCGCGGAGUUUCUGUUUGUCCUGUGCUCUGAGAGUGUGCCCCGAUUCAUCAAGUACACUGGCUACGGAAAUGCUGCCGGCCUCCUGGCUGCCAGGGGCCUCAUGGCAGGCGGCCGGCCUGAGGGCCAGUAUUCGGAGGACGAGGACACGGACACAGAUGAGUACAAGGAAGCCAAGGCCAGCAUAAACCCGGUGACCGGGAGGGUGGAGGAAAAGCCGCCCAACCCCAUGGAGGGCAUGACGGAGGAGCAGAAGGAGCACGAGGCCAUGAAGCUGGUGAACAUGUUUGACAAGCUCUCCAGGCACAGAGUCAUCCAGCCCAUGGGGAUGAGUCCCCGGGGUCAGCUGACGUCUCUGCAGGAUGCUAUCUGUGAGACCAUGGAAGGGCAGCUCUCCUCGGAACCUGACUCAGACCCCGACUGAGGACAGCCAGGCUCUGGUUCCCCCUUCAGAACUGGUGCUGCUUCCAGAGAUGUCCUUGGGACUGUGACCCGGGGAAACCAUGUCCCUCUCCAGCUCAGAGAUCCCUCUCUCUCUUUACCUCCAAAGUUCUGUUAAUGAUUUGUUUCUGGUCCGGUUUCUUAUCUUUAGGACUGUGAGGGUCUGGUCCUGCUGCGACUCUGGGAACUCAGCCUUGAUUUCUACUGAUGAAGUGGCCUCGGGUGUAUGCCAAGAGGAUGGGGGCAGAGGCUGAGUGUGGGCACACCCAAGCAUGUCCCAGUCUGGCAUGCCUGCCUAGAGCUUCCACAGCAAGCAAGUGCUGCAGUUCACAGGAAAAGAGCUUGCCAGAACUGUACACACUAAGGACAGAAACAUACAUCCAAGGUAUGCGCUGCUACUUCUGUCCCCACUGAGCUCAGGACUGGUAGCCUCUUCCGCAUCCUAGGUCCUCGCUCAGCCGUCUGCUCUAGUAUCCACAGCACCCAAGCGCUCACCGCUUGUGACAGUGGAGUCCUGACCUUCCCACUGGCGUAGACCAUAAAUACAUGAGGAAAAUGUACCUUGUAAAACCCUAAGUCUGGAUUUCUAUCACGUUCCACAAAGCAUCCUAGAAACACCAUCUUGGAAUAAAGAGUUUCAAGCAGGAGCCUA